AUUUGUGGUAUCCUGCUAUAAGACUUGUGUGGUCUAUAUCUCAAUCUCUGGCGACAGAGUGAUAUUUGUGCGAAUAAUUGAAUCGAAAGUAGUGUCAAUAAACUGAGUCGAUACUUUUCACCUGUUAGAAUCAGUCGAUAAAUCGUAUCUUUCAUUCCAAGUCAUCGUACCAAAGUUAAGAUUGUUUCUCAAUAGUAACUUUAGUACUGUAGAGACUAAACAAAGUAUACUCUAAGCAUGACUUCUGUCAGGAGAUUGACUCCAGUGCAACUAAUCGAGAAGAAGCGAGACGGAUUCAAAUUGAACGAGACUGACAUCGAGACCUUUGUGGGGUCUGUGAUCGGAUCUGAGGGGUUCGAGAAAAUGGAGGACGCCCAGAUAGGAGCCAUGCUUAUGGCCAUAUUCUUCCAAGGACUCGACUCGGACGAAGAAACGUAUCUGACCGAGUACAUGCGGCGCUCGGGCGAGAUCCUCUCGUGGGACGAGUCGUCUGCAGUCGUAGACAAACACUCGACCGGAGGCAUCGGCGACAAAGUGAGCAUUCCGUUGGCACCCAUGUUGGCAGCGGCAGGUGCCAAAGUGCCUAUGAUUUCCGGCAGAGGUUUGGGUCAUACUGGAGGCACGUUGGAUAAAUUGGACUCCAUUCCUGGAUUUGGAGCUGCCAAAAGUAUGGAACAGAUCAAAAAGGCUGUCAAUGAUAUUGGGUGUAUUAUUGUGGGCACUACUGACAAGAUCACGCCCGCAGACAAGAUCCUCUACAAGUUCAGAGACAUCACAGGCACUGUAUGGAUCUUUGGACUCAUCUACGCGUCUAUUCUGAGCAAGAAAGCGGCCGAGGGUGUGAAGCACUUGUUGCUCGACCUCAAAUGUGGAAAUGGGUGUUGGCUGGACAAAUUUGAAAAGGCGGAGAAGGCUGCCGACGGUUUCAGAGCCAUAGCUGCUGGACUGGGAAUCAACUGUAUUUGCAUGAUCACCAACAUGGACACGCCUUUGGGCUUCUGUGUGGGAAACGCCCUCGAAAUUGAAGAGUCGAUUGAUUUUCUAAAGAAGAACAAGGCACGAGCGAAGGAUCUGGAGGAACUCAUUGUUACGCAAGGAGCGGUUCUCUUACACUCAAGUGGGUUGUGCUCUACAAUUGAAGAAGCCAAGAAAAAGAUGCUGUCCACUAUUGAAGACGGGUCAGCUCUGAAGAAGUUUGAGCAGAUGAUCAUCGCCUCUGGUGCUACAGCAGAAGUCGCCGCCCAGCUAUGUUCCGAUCGGCUUGACUGCUACUCGUGUCUUCCCCAAGCGGAUUUCCAACAUAGAAUCUUAGCUUCUGCUUCUGGCUACAUUAGUGGGAUAAAGGCGCUUCCGGUGGGGCUGGCCUGCAACUCACUGGGGGCUGGACGGAAGAGGAGUGAAGACCCUCUCAAAUACGGAGUGGGAAUUAGAUUCCACAAGAAGCUAGCAGACUACGUGACAGAGGGUACUUUUUCAGCCAAUCAGAGAAGAGCAUUGAGAAGUUAUUGCAGUUUUGCAUGCAGACAAGGAAGCCGAGCAUGUUGAUGUGAUGCACGCAAUCCAAGAGAUUCGAAGUUCAUUCACGGUCUCAGAAGACCCACCGGAAUCUCAAACGCUGAUCUACAAAUUAUUGAACUAAGAAAUUUUAAAUCUGUACUUGAGUGAAUGAUGCAACCAAAUUAUAGCUUCAUACAAAUCACAGACUCAGGUAUCAAAAAGAAUACAAAACUACUCCGAUUGCACUUUAAGGCCAACUUAAAAGUUUUUUGGUUCAAUAAUUGACGAUAGAAAUGAACAAUAGAACGAUAGGAAUGAAAAUAAAAAUUUCAAUCUC